CUCGAAGGUGAUUUCUCUUUGGUUUGUCCUGUCUGUAUGCCUGGUGCCUCACUUCUGAGAAAGCACAUGUGAAAAACGACUUCGCCGCGUUCCAUCUCUUCCCGGCUGCGCCAUUCACAAUGGAUCACACCAACGGGCUGCUGCACCAUGCCGAUGCGUUCGUCCGGCAUGUCGGGUCACUGUCGCCGUCUGAGCAAGAAGCAGUGCUCACGCAAGUGCUGGCCAGCCUGAAGGAGGGCGACUUCCAGGACGCGCUGCGGUCUGUCUACACGCUGCAGAGCUACAACGACGAGGGUGAAGAUGUGCCGGCACGGCUGUGGGAUGUCUGGUCCGUGCCGAUCUACUGCUUCAUUCUCGACCUGUGCGAGUAUGUGGUGGAGAAAAACCCGGUGAGCACACAGACACAGACAGACAGACAGGGAGGGUCAGUGGUGCGUCCGGUGGUUCAUUCACCGCUGCUGUGCUUGCUUUGUUUGCUUGUUUGCUUGUUUGCUUGUUUGCUUGUGUGUGUGUGUGUGUGUGUGUGUAUCACUCAGGAGGCUCGUCCCGGCUCGACGGUGACGAUAACUCUAGAGGAGAACUACUUUGCGUCGUAUGUGCACAUCUACACGCUGAUUGAGAAGUGCCUCGUGCCGCACACCAUCUACCGCGACACUGACAGCCGCCGCCGCAUCAUGAGCCUGGUGAGCCGCAUGCUGGAGAACAGCAAGCGCCGGAAGAAGAUGCGCUUCGCCCGGAUGUUCGAGAACCGCGUCGUGACGCUCCUGUACUCGCUCUCCGGCAUUUCGGUGAGUGAGCAGGGCGGGGAAUCACACAUCACACAGCAUACUAUACCCGCUGGGUAUGGUGGUCAUUUCAUUGGAUCAUGUGUGUGGUGUGUCGUGUGUGGUUGGUCAGAACAUCUCGCGUCUGUUCCCGCCCAAGGCCAACCUGCGCAAGGCGCUCGAGCAGGAGAUCAACACCUUCGUGGUCAGCAGCGCCGUCAAGGAGGAUGACAGAGCCGCAUGGGCCAAGGUACACACACACACAUACACACACACACACACAUACACACCAGCCACACCAGCCGCCACGUAACGUUACUUACUUUGCCCUCCUUCCUUGUCUUGUUUUGGCAGACGAUUGGCCGCAUCCGGGAGGCGGUGAGCACGCUGUUCCACACGGACGCGCUGCUCUACGGGUCGGUGGUGUCGGGCCUGGCCACCUCGGGCAGUGACGUCGACAUGGUGGCGAUCCUCCCCCGUGCAGAGGUGCAGAAGCUGAUGGUGGGUGCGCCCAGCCACGCCUACAUCGAGAUGCACCGGCAGCACAAGUGGCACAUCAGCAAGCGCAUGAUUGAGGAGGCCGACCUGCGGGCGCGGGCGUGCAACAAACUGGGGGAGUAUCUCAAGGACGUGAGUGAGACGGGCGGGACGGAGGGAGGGAGGGAUGGUGCAGACGGACACAUCGCAUCGAUGUGUGUGUAUGUGUGUGUGUGUCAGCAUUACAGCGGUGACAUGAAGGUCGACGUCGCCAGCACAGCGCGCGUGCCAGUGGUGCGCUGCUCGCCUUUGGUACGCAGGCCAACCACACACACUCACACACACACCAAUCGCCACACCCUCACUCAUGCGCCUGUGGGUCUGUCUGUGCGCGCAGCCGAGCUGGGGCAGUUCCAGCCAGGACACCUGGGGAGCGGCUUCAACUGAGUGGGGAUCGUCCAGCUGGGGUCCCCCCAAGACGAGCAGCAACGGCAGCGACGACAGCCGAAAGGUACCCACACGCACACACACAUGACGGGCACACGACGCACAGACGCAUGUGCGCGUGCGUGCGUGUGUGUGUGUGUGUGGUCAGGAGGAUGGCAAGGCCGCUGGUGCGGUUGACAUCACGUUCGAGAACCCUUUGGGCAUCCACAACUCUAAGCUCCUGCGCGCCUACUUCGAAUCAGCACCACUCGUCAGGAAACUCGGUGAGCAGACGCAUGGUGCUCUCAUGUCAUGUGUGUGCGGCACACACAUGACGUCACAACUCGACCGGCAGAGAUGUGCAGGUAAUGUGUGUGCGUCUGCCUGUGUGGGUGUGUGGCGGUCUGUCUGUCAGCGUUGUUCGUGAAGAAGUGGGUGAAGGCCCGCGGUUUGUGUGACACAACUAAUGGGUAUUUGUCGUCGUACGCCUGGUCUCUCCUCGUGGUCUUCUACAUGCAAGUCAGGUGAGACUCGUGAGAUAGACAGUCGGCCUAACUGAGUGACAAGGGCACACACACACACACACACACCAGCUCCGGCUCAAUCAUGUGUGCCUCUGUCUCAAUGUGUGUGUGUGUGUGUCACAGGCGUCCCCCUCUGCUGCCGAAUCUGCAGAAGCCUCGUGACGGCGGUGCUGCCGGCGAGGAGAUCGUCGAGACCUACGACUUCCUCAAACACGCUGACAUCAAACACAACGUCUGCAGCCACACACACGCCCCACACAUCCAUCCAUCCAUCCAUCCUACCUUUUCAUCAGGUGUGGUUCGACGAUCCGCCGCUGGACGAGUCGCGCCCGUCGUCCCGCGCCACGCAGCUGAGCAGCUCCUUCCCCUCGGAGCGUGUCUCGUCGUCCAUGUCGACGGGCGUGCCGAGUGAUGUCGAGGGCGAGGAGGCCUCAGAGGCGGAGAGCGAGCGUGAGAGGCUGUGCAAGGUGGAGGCCUAUGUCAAGGACGCCAAAGACGAGCUCGAAAUGCUCAGAAUCAACAGGUGGGUGGGAGAGAAGGGUGGGUGAGGAGAGGGAGAGGGAGAGGAGGGUGGGGUGCAUGCAUUGCAGUGCAUGGGUGGGUGUCUUGUUGGUCGCUCGUUCCUUCAGACGUCGUAUCAAUUCAUACGCCGGCAACGUCGAGGGCCUCACACUGCCCGACCUCCUCUAUGAGUUCUUCAAGUGAGCGACCCACAAACCAAACCCACACACAGACACAUCACAUAACAUCCUCCCCUCUCCAUCUGAUCGGCACUGCAUGGAUAUCGUCAGGUUCUACGCCUGCCAGUUCAACGCGCACAAGUGCAUCGCCUCCAUCCGGCUCGCCCCGGCCCUCAUGUCCAAGCCCGAGUACAUUCGCAUGUACCGCCGCGAGCGUCAGUACACCAAGCGCCCCGACUCGGACGGGCCAGCCUGCCCCGACAUCCAGGUUGCCAAGAGCACCCUCUUCAGCGACUUCGCCAACAUCGGUGGCGGCCAGAUCGACGAGAGCGGUGACGAGAAGGAGGAGAUGGACAGAGGGGAGGGGCAGGAGGACGGUGGUUUCGAUAAGGAGGGGACGCCUGCAGAUGUUGGAGACAAGGAGGAGGUGAGCGACGCGGAAGAAAGAGUGAACUUCAUCCAUAUCAUCGGUCCGUCUCUGUGUGUCGCUGUGUCUGCAGAAGGGUGGUUGCGAGGAGGAGGGGGAGGCAGAGAACCGCGAGGAGAGUGUGGAGCCGCCCAUGUUCCUCUCCCUCGACUAUUGGAAACGAUUCCAGGUGGGCACAUGCACAGUGUACACACGCGCCGCGCCCAGAUGAUGCACUGCACACGACAGAGCGCUAUGGUCACUCACCUGCUGCCGCAUGUAUGUGUGUCUUGCUUGUCAGGACAUGUGUGUUGAAGAUCCCAUUGAGACCGAUCGCAUCCUCGCCUGCGACCGACAGGUACGGUACCUACCUGACCUGCAUUGAUCCAUCUGCCCACCUGAUGCACGUGUCCCCUUCGCCCGCCUUCGCUUCUCCAGGGGCAGGAGCGCAUGGCGUUUGAGUUCCGUCGUGCCCUCAUGCUGCUCGCCACCGGCCAGCCCAUCAGCCGCAUUGCCGAGGAGUUCAACCCGCCCGUCGACCCCAAUCGCCGUGGCGCACCCCGUGGUCCAGAUGAGACCGUCCCGCACUAUCCCCCCUCACCGGACAUGCUGCUGCCGCCGCCCGAGGCUGUUGUGCAGCCACAGCCCGCCCCGUCCCCGUCGCCCCCACGCAAGGAAAAGGACAAGGACAAGGAGAAAGACAAGGACAAGGAGCCCAAGGAGAAGCAGCAGGUCCAGACCAAGAAGGCCCCUGCGGCUGCCAGCGCUUCUUCCGGCAGCAAGCAGGGCGGCAAGGCGGACAAGGGCAUGCAGAAGGGCAAGGCCUCGGCCACAGCGAGGCAGCAGCCAUUCCCUUCUCUCGUCUCUGCUCCCCAGCCUACCACCCCUCCCCAGCCCCCUCCCCCUCCAUCCAUGCCACAUCCGGCUCGUGGUCUGUUCGGUCCUUCGCCCUCGCCCUCGCCCCCUGGCAGAAUGGCGGGCCGCGGCAUUCUUCCUGCCGGCAUGGGUCAUGGCGUGCCCCCUCAGCCGCAGCAAAGCUACCCUCCCCCGACCAUCAUCAGCCCCCCACCCUCGCUGAUCGCCCCACCCCCACAGCAGCAGCAGUACUACAACGUGUCGCAGGCCCAAGGCCUCAUGGACCAGCUCAUGGGCAUGCAGCAGCAACAGCAGCCCCUGCAGCAGCAGCAGCAGCAGCAGCAGCCGGCGGGAGAUGGCGGGACGUCCAAGCGCAAGAAGGGUGGUGCUUGGCAGGUGCCGUCGCCACCACAGCCGCUGGCGGGUCAGGAGCCCCCAUUCCGUCCCGUAUCCUUGCAGACGGUGCCUGAGCCGGAGCCAUUCGUCCGCUUCACGUCCCACACCUCCACCCUACCCCCUCCCCCAUCCACCGAGACCUCUGUCGCGCCACAGAAGAAGCCACGAGGCAAGACCACGAACCGCUUCAGGCAGCAGCAGCAGCUCAACGACAUCUCAGAGGAGCCCGUUGAUGAAGUUGCAGUCACCAAGAGCGACGCCGGCGACCGAGCUGCCGAGUCCUUGUAUGCCACCCCCGAGCGGCCGCAGGGUGGGGGUGGUCUCAAUCGGGCCAUGUCUGAGCGGGGCAGUGUGUCGCCGGGUCCGAUCCUGCUGCGGCAUGCGCAUGGAGUGUUCGCCGGCAUGGGUGUGAAGCCGAGCGAGGGCAAGGAGGGCGAGGAUGGGGUGAACAAGGAGGGUGAGGACGGUGGUGUGAGCAGAGGCGUGUCGUCGAGUGCAAGUGCAUCAGGGAGUGCAGAGGGCGGGGAGGGAGAGGCCAAGGGGAAGGGCAGAAGGUCUGGUGGCUGGUUGUCGUUCUUCGGUGGUGGUGGUGGUGGUGGCAAGAAGGGCAAAGAGUGAGUCUUGAGUGAGUCAGAGAGUCAUGCUUGAGUGAUACAGGCACCAUACACACAGAUCAUCAGAGUGAGACACUGCCUUUGUUUGAGUGAGAGGUGGGUGCGUUGGGGAUGGGUGCAUCGGGUUGAUCCUGAUUGAGUUGUUCGUUGCAAGGAGACUCUUUCGUGUGUUGACGUGUUGUUCCUGUCCAUCAUGCGCAUGAGUGUGUUCGUCGGAUUCGUCGAUCCAACGAAACACGCUUGUACGCACGAUGGUGAGGGACUGCACUGCGACACGUCGGACCGCUCAACACGUCACGACUGCCGCCUGGUCGGGAAACCCUAAC